AUGUCCAAGAUCGAAGAGUUGCCAGAAGAGAUCCCACAAGGUGCUGAAGUCACCGUCAUCUCCAAGAACGAGAAGAAGGCCCGUGCCUUGAUCGCCAAGUUGAACUUGCGUCCAGUCAAGGGAAUUGCCAGAGUCACUUUCAGAAAGGCUGGUAACCAGAUCUACGCCAUUGACAGACCAGACGUUUACAAGUCUGCUGCCGGUACCUACAUUGUCUUUGGUGAGGCCAAGCUCGAGGACUUGACCGAGAGAUUGCAACAGGCUCAACAGCAAGUUGGUGCUGAGGAGGAGUUGGCUCCAAAGGACCCAGCCUCCAUCACUGCUGACUUGGAGGCUGCCGCCAUCUCUGGCCCAGCUGCUGAGGAGGAGGACGACGAGGAAGUUGACGAGACUGGCUUGUCCGAGGAGAACUUGAAGGUUGUCAUGGAGCAAGCUGGUGUCUCCAGAGCCAAGGCUGCUAAGGCUUUGAAGAAGCACGACAACGACUUGGUCAACGCCAUCAUGGAGUUCACUUCUUAG